AGAGCUCAUUCCGCUCUCAGACGGCACAGGAACAGGACGCUUUUUCGUGGCUCCUGCUCCUCUCUGGGGACGGUCGGCGCGAGACGGGGACGGGGUUUCCACCCGAGUGGUGGCGGCGGCAGUUGAGGGGGCGGCUUUUUAAGGCCCCCCCCGGAGGUUUGGAGCGGCCUUGGGCCGCGUUUGGCCGGAGUGCCCGCGGCGUUUUUGGGCCCAGCCGAGGCCGGCCUGCGGCCUGAAGCCCGAGCAGGCGGGCCGCCCCUAACGGCGGCCCUGCAAGCACAUAGGGGGUUGGGUUUGUCUGUCCCCAUUUCCUCGUGUUUGGUUGUUGGGGAUAGGAGUUGCUGUGGUUUCUGGGACUCUUUGGGGGUUGCAGCGGCUGGCCUGGGUGUCCCCCCCCCCCCCCCGGCUGUAUUUGGGUUUGGAUUGUUGGGUGGUUGCUGGUUUUCUUUUCAAGUACUGUGGGCUGCAGGGUGGGAGUGGUUUGGCUGCACCUCUCGUGUGCUGCCUCAGUGGGAUCACUAGAGCAGCAGUUCCAGCUUCUGGGCACUGCUAGAUAUCAUGGGUCCUAAGAAGGCAAAGGCAAAGGCAAAGACUGGAGGGAAGCGGGUUCGGCCCCCCCCUCGCCCUGCGCCAAUAUCUGAUUCAUCCUCGGAUGAGGAUGGGGAUAUGGGUACAGUUAGGGCGCUCAUUGCGCGCCUCGAGGCGCUGGAGAGACAGAAGCUGGCGCCUGCGUCGGAGGAGAAGGGUGGUCCGUCAGGCUCACACGUGGCUUCUAAGAGAGUUACCAGAGGCCUUAAACGUGCCAAACUUAUGCAAUCCCUAGCAUCCAGAAUUGAAGCCUUGGAGGCGGGUAAUCCACAGCUGGUCCCGGCAGCGGUUGACUUGACAUCAGACAACAGUGGUUCGCCGAUUGUUUCCGGAUCUGGCGGUGGGGAUGCCCGCCCUGCGGACGCGCAAGGGCUAGGUGCAGCGCUUUCGCCAGCUCGUGCCAGAGGCGGAACGUCAUCCCGAACAGAUGCCGUUGUGGCUGUGGAGCCUUGGCGCUUAGAAGCGCAGAGGGCUGUUUGGGCCUCCCUGGCCCCCAGCACACGCACGGCUUAUAAUAGACAGUGCAGGGCCUUCAUGGAUUUUAGGACACAGGUAGGAUUGGGUCAGGACUGGCCUCCUCCUGCGGAACAUCUGAUGCAGUUCCUGGUACACCUUAAGGGUAAGGGGCUUUCUUCCAGGGCAUUGGCGGGCUAUUUGGCGGCCCUGGCUUUCCAAUCUAAAGCUCGGGGCCUUGCUGACACCACAGGGGACUUCAGGGUACGGAGGAUGCUGGAGGGUUGGUCCCGGGAGCAUCCGGCCGAGGCCGAUAGCCGUAAGCCCAUUUUGCCUUUGGCGAUUCGGGGUGCAGUGGAGCAUUUAGCGGGUGUUUGUAGGUCCCCUUAUGAGACUGCGCUUUUCCAUGCAGCUAUGGUGGUCCUGUUUUUUGGGGCCUUUCGGGCCAGCGAGCUUUUCCCCAGGGGGCGGUUCAGCCACUCCACUAGGGUAGUCCAGUUCGGGGACACUGUCCCCGGGCGGGCCGCAUUGACCUUGCGCCUGCGUUUUUCUAAGACUGAUCAGCGGGGCAGGGGGCACCUUGUGUCACUUCAUCGGGCAGAGGACGUUUUGUUGUGCCCAGUGCGGGCCCUUAACGCUUACCUGACCCUUCGGGGGGCUGCGCCUGGGUGCCUUUUCAUCCAUGAGGAUGGACGCCCCCUCACUCAGUACCAAUUCUGGGCGGUGGCCCGCCGUGCGCUUCAUGCGGCAGGGGUGGACACUGCACGGCUUUCCCUUCACUCCUUCCGCAUUGGUGCGGCUUCAACGGCCUCCCGGCUGGGUCUUUCUGGCGAGACUAUCCAGCGCAUUGGGCGUUGGCGAUCUGCCACUUACCGGAAAUAUGUGCGCUAGCGUCUUUGAGUCGACGCUAAUUGUGUUUUUCUUUACAGGCCCGGCGCGUAGGGCUGAGAGGGCUCGGGUCCUCAUCCUGGGCCAUUCCAUUGUUUUCUGGGCUCACAAGGCUGCACGUGGGGUCCAGCCUGGAACGCAGCUGGGUCUGGGCCAGUGGGCAUCGAUCUCCUGGAUCGGUCGUCGCGGGAUGGUCAUCGCCCAAUUUUUGCCUCUGUUUCAGGAAUUUAUGGCGGCAAACCAGCCGCCGGAUAUCCUUGUUCUGCAUCUUGGUGAAAAUGAUUUGGCAUCCCAGACUGGGUUGGCUAUCUUCCACAGCUUGAGGAGGGAUAUUUUACAGGUCCUUAGGUGGUGCCCGGGGAUUGCCAUCCUUUGGUCAGCCAUGCUGCAGCGCAGGGUUUGGAGGGGAGCCCGGGACCCUUAUGGGGUGGACAGGGCCCGCAGGAAGGUUAACGCACAGAUGGCACGUUUUCUGGGGUCCAUUGGUGGAGGGUUUAUAGAACACCCGGGCAUAAUUUUUUCGUUACCCUGCCUCUUUAGAGGGGAUGGUGUCCACCUUUCGCCUAGCGGGACCCGUUUGUUUUUGAAGGAUUUGGAGCAGGGAUUGGCUGCGUGGCUACGCACUCAGUGGGGUUAGCAUGGUGUUAAGCUAGGCUAACCCAUGCUUUGGCAGGUGCAGUGCGGUUGGAAAUGAUGUUAUUAGGCUGGUGAGCACCUUCGGGUAAGUGUUUGGCUAUGGGUCAUAAAGGGGCAACUCCCUAGAGACUGCACGGCUCAGGGAUGUCUGCCCUUGGUUGACCUACCCUGACUGGUUAAGCCCCAUGGAAUGGCUGAACGGCUACCUGGGGGCGAUGCUAGUUCAGGGACCCGGCACUAGGCUGGCUAGGAUAGGCAGCCCCGGUUUCAGAGCUUUCGGGUUGCCUGGAGCCAAGGUGCAUCGCCCUAUGCCAUAGGUUAUGCAUGCCAUGGUUGUGCAUGCCUGUAAUACCGCACUGUAAGAAGGGAUCAGCCAUCCCUGCUCUUUCAUUGUUGUUAAAGUUUAAUAAACUGUGGCCCUUAUUUACACCAAUUCCUUGAGUCUCGUGUCUUCUUGGGUGUCGGGCAAUCCCGCUGCCUCCGCUUGAAUAAGCGGAGCAGCGUCUUUGCCUGGCCCCCUGCAAGAAGCACGAGGCUUCUCCUGGCCUGAUUGGCUGAAUAGCCCGUGCAGGGGGAGGGGCGUGAGCCAGCGUCCUGCUCACUGAUCAAGAGAGCUCAUUCCGCUCUCAGACGGCACCCACCCUCCCUUCCCUAGGUACAGUCAAGGUUUCAACUGGUCGCCGUUUGGGGCCGAGCAGGAAUUUUUUGGGCGCUCACUUGAUUGGCCGUUAGUGUACGCCUUUUUUCGCCUGCUCUUGACUGUAUCACCUGUAGGCAGUAGUUAGUUUGGUCACAGUAUGGCAGGUGCAGUGCGGUUGGAAAUGAUGUUAUUAGGCUGGUGAGCACCUUCGGGUAAGUGUUUGGCUAUGGGUCAUAAAGGGGCAACUCCCUAGAGACUGCACGGCUCAGGGAUGUCUGCCCUUGGUUGACCUACCCUGACUGGUUAAGCCCCAUGGAAUGGCUGAACGGCUACCUGGGGCCGAUGCUAGUUCAGGGACCCGGCACUAGGCUGGCUAGGAUAGGCAGCCCCGGUUUCAGAGCUUUCGGGUUGCCUGGAGCCAAGGUGCAUCGCCCUAUGCCAUAGGUUAUGCAUGCCAUGGUUGUGCAUGCCUGUAAUACCGCACUGUAAGAAGGGAUCAGCCAUCCCUGCUCUUUCAUUGUUGUUAAAGUUUAAUAAACUGUGGCCCUUAUUUACACCAA